GGAGUGAGGAGUGGAGGCGAGGGGCCGAGCAGAGAGGGGAGCUCCCCCAAGCCGCGCCGUCGACGAGCGGAGAGCAGAAGGAAGAAUAAAGGGGACCUGUGGUAUCCAGACAGGAACAGCCGGGUCGUUUCCGGUGGAGCCGCCGCGGAGCCGCUACCGCAGAGUAGAGCGGGGCUGGGAGGGAAGCGCCCGGACAGCUCAGCCAGCCGCAGCCUCGCACCCGCUGUCCCGCGUCCGCCGCCGCCCGUCCCCAGACAGCCAUGGCCUCCGGCAGCACCGCCAGUGAUGAGGAGCGCAGCCUCCGCGAGUGCGAGCUCUACGUCCAGAAGCACAACAUCCAGGCGCUGCUCAAGGAUUCCAUCGUGCAGUUGUGCACUGCCCGGCCCGAGCGACCCAUGGCAUUCCUCAGAGAAUACUUCGAGAGGCUGGAGAAGGAGGAGGCAAAACAGAUUCAGAAUCUGCAGAAGGCGAGCGCCCGUGCAGAUUCGAGGGAGGAUGAGAUCUCUCCUCCCCCACCCAACCCAGUGGUUAAGGGCCGGAGGCGACGAGGUGCCAUCAGUGCUGAAGUCUACACGGAGGAAGACGCUGCGUCGUACGUUAGAAAGGUUAUACCAAAAGAUUAUAAGACAAUGGCUGCUUUAGCCAAAGCCAUUGAAAAGAAUGUGCUCUUUUCACAUCUUGAUGACAAUGAGAGAAGCGAUAUUUUCGAUGCCAUGUUUCCGGUUUCCUUUAUUGCCGGAGAGACCGUGAUUCAGCAAGGUGAUGAAGGGGAUAACUUCUAUGUGAUUGAUCAAGGAGAGAUGGAUGUCUAUGUCAACAACGAAUGGGCAACCAGCGUUGGGGAAGGAGGCAGCUUUGGGGAACUCGCUUUGAUCUAUGGAACGCCUAGAGCCGCCACUGUCAAAGCGAAGACGAAUGUGAAACUGUGGGGUAUCGACCGGGACAGCUACAGAAGAAUCCUCAUGGGAAGCACGCUGAGAAAGCGGAAGAUGUAUGAGGAGUUUCUUAGUAAAGUAUCUAUUUUAGAAUCUCUGGACAAGUGGGAACGUCUCACAGUCGCUGAUGCGUUGGAACCUGUUCAGUUUGAGGAUGGGCAGAAGAUUGUGGUGCAGGGUGAACCAGGGGACGAGUUCUUCAUUAUUUUAGAGGGCUCAGCUGCUGUGCUACAACGUCGGUCAGAAAACGAAGAGUUUGUCGAAGUGGGAAGAUUGGGGCCUUCUGACUAUUUCGGUGAGAUCGCGCUCCUGAUGAACCGUCCUCGCGCUGCCACGGUGGUCGCUCGCGGCCCUUUGAAGUGCGUGAAGCUGGACCGACCCAGAUUUGAGCGCGUCCUCGGCCCGUGCUCAGAUAUCCUCAAGCGAAACAUCCAGCAGUACAACAGUUUUGUGUCGCUGUCUGUCUGAGACCCGCCUCCCGUGCCUCCCUGUCGUCCCGUCCCCGGUCCGUGCCUCCCUCGCGCAGACGGCUUUCCCCCCUCCUGGCAGCACGGCGGCUUCUCGUCUGUUUGUAUUCAAAGUCGCUUCUCUCGCACCGUUUUUCACGUGGAGCGUUGACCGGAUGCCCCGACGCAGUUAAAUAAACAGAGUUCUUUU